AUGAAAACCAAAAUAUUAGAUAAAGAAAACUACUUAGUUGAAAAAAUACAGUUUCAGAUUUUAAGAGACCUUCUCAACUUCCAUCCUUCAAGAAUUUUGGAGUAAGAUAAGAAUAAGAAAUUAGCUUAAUGUAUAAUUGAUGCAGUUGAAUUCCACCAACUUUAUUGUUUUUCUUAAUCCAAGAGAAUUUAAAACUUCAAUAAGCAAAUAGAUAAAGGCAAAUAAUCCACAAAAUUUUAAUUACUAAGAAACCUGUGUCUUUGUAAAGAGCAAUUACCUCUGACAUAGAAUGAGGCACAACAAAAAUAUUUUUUAGAACAGUAAUUUUUUCGAUUCGAAGAUUCAGAAAUAAGUCUAUUUCAAUAAACUGAAUUGCAUUCUAGGGUUUACUUUUUGUAAGAUCUAUUAAGCGAAGGAAGUGAGAAACAUUUAAAGAUUGUCAAUGACGAAAUCUAAUAAGAGACUGAAGGUUUUACUUCUGAAUGA